CCACUGCAGUGACAGCCCCGCCGCCGCCCUUCGCUAGCGCCGCCUCAGCGCCAGAGCUGGGAAAGCACUGCCGCGCGCGGCUCUGCACUACCGCCGUCGCCCCACGGGCAGGGACACCAUGGACACAAUGGAGAUGCCGCGCCGGGAGCAGAGCGCGAGCAGCCCUGCCAGCCCGUGCGAGGACGUGAUCAAGAACCUGAGUCUCGAGGCGAUCCAGCUCUGCGAGAGGGACGGGAAUAAAUCACAAGACAGUGGGAUUGCAGAGAUGGAGGAACUUCCUGUGCCACACAACAUCAAAAUAAGUAACAUCACAUGUGACUCUUUCAAGAUUUCAUGGGACAUGGAUUCUAAAUCUAAGGACCGUAUUACUCACUAUUUCAUUGAUUUAAACAAGAAGGAGAACAAGAAUUCCAACAAAUUUAAACACAAGGUAAUGUUUUAA